AUGAAAACUAAGUUAUUCGCAGGUCUCAGCUUUUUGAUUCUCCCAUCAGUCGAAACGCCUAGGGUUCAGUUCUUGGUGAGACUUAUUGAAGCAAACGGAGGAGCAUGUUUAAAUACGUAUUUCAAGGACGCUGUGGUUUUACUCAACGAUACAUUUGUUGCUGAACAUGGCUUGAGAAAAAGCCAGCUCUUUCACAGCGAAUGGGCUUACGAUGAAGAACUUUGGUAUGAUCUCUUGUCAGAUGAGAAGUUGUGUAUUUACAAGCUCAGUUGGAUAAGCGAAUGCCUCAAGCAUCAGAAACUACUGGACCGGGAACCUUUCAGAACGCACUUGUUUGAUGAGCAUCCUGAAUACGAAUCUUCAUCCAAUCCCCACACAGCGCCAACCAAGGCAGAAAAGCCAGACCAACAGAAGGCAGUGAAAGACCAAGCUUCAACCGUUAGCUCACUUAAAAAGCGGACCCUGGCCGAGGAAAGUGAGCAAGAAAGAGACGCUACAAAAGCUGCUAAAAAAGUCUCGUCAACAAACGUUCGAGAGAAGACAAACUCUGCUCUCAUACUUGCACUUGAGCAGCUUUCCAGAAAAAACCGACUACGAGGGGAUACUUACCGCGCGCGCAGCUACCAGCUUGCUCAGCAAGCUGUCGAAAAGCAUGAUAAACCUAUAAGGUCAGAACAGGAGGCCCUAGCUUUACCGAACAUUGGACCCAGCAUCGCCGCCAAGAUUCAAAUGAUUCUAGAACUUGGGUCCCUACCUGGUUUGCACGAAGCUAACAAGAAUGAAGAGCUUCUGGAAUACUUCAUGGCAUGUCAUGGCGUUGGGGCUCAGACAGCAAAGAAAUGGGUUUCCAAUGCUAUUGGGUCAUUCAGGGAAGCCUUGGAAGUGUAUCCAUCAGAUUUCAACUGGAACGUGUUAUUUGGAUUGAGGUUCUAUGAAGACUGGGUCCUGAAAAUACCAAGGGAAGAAUGCACAGAGCAUUUGGCUCUGAUCGAAAGAGCGCUUAAAGAAGUUGAUACUAAUGCACGAAUUGUGCUCACCGGUAGCUACAGGCGUGGUGCUGCAACGUGCGGCGACAUCGAUACAGUGCUUUUCAAGCCAGGUUGCGACAGUAUUGCAGAAUUAUCUCAAAUUCUUGAAAAGCUGGUAUUAAGUUUGAAGCGUACCAAUUAUAUCCGUUGUCCACUAAACGUUAACUACAACUUGGGACAGGAGUUCAAAUCAAUGAUAGAAGAACUUUCUAGAGCAGCCGGCUUAGAAGAGUCUUUUUCGUUGGGUCCCAAAGAACUGCUCAAGAAAUUUUAUUUUGGAGGCAGACUGCCGCCCAGUUCGGCGGGACAGCCUAUGUUAAAUUCAAAGGAACCUUAUACGCUUAAAAAAGAAGAUCUUUUCAUGAUAGAGCCGUCAUCUUGCCAAAGAUGCCGUCGUGUAGAUAUUCUUUUAAGCCGAUGGAGCCAGUUGGGUGCCGUCAUGAUUUAUUUCACGGGUAAUGACGAUUUUAACAAGAGUUUGAGAUUGAGAGCUACCCAGCGGGGUUGGAAGCUUAGUAACAAUGGCCUUUACCAGGCUAAUGCCAAUACAGGAAAUGAAGGAAUGCUCAUAGAGUCAUUUGAUGAGAAAAGGAUAAUGAAUCUUCUCGAUGUAAAAUGGGUACCACCCGAAGACCGCAACGUCGAGGGAUAUAUAUAG